GGAAAAUCGCAGCGGCAGCUAAACAAGGCAAAAUACGCAGCAAGCACAUCGUUUAAAGUUGCCUUGUAGCUGCGCUGCAGCGAGCAGGUCGAAACGCAUCGCUAGAGGGCACCCCACAGCCCCACCCGACACAAGCCAUCGCCGCGGCACGCACCGCCAGCAUCAAUUCGUUCGAGCGCGGGUCUACGUUCCACGCCAUCGCUGCGACGUGCUGUCUUAACCACACGACACCAUGUCCGAGUUUCAAACCAAUGUAAACACGCUCGACCUCGAGGCUUUGAAGGCAUUGUUGCCGCCCAUGAAGCAGGACGGCUUCGUCGUGCGGGGCGCCGACGCGAAGGUCGAGAGGAUCAAGGUGCCGAUCCCCGGGCCCGACGAGUGCUACGUGAAAGUGCUCAUUGCCGGCGUCUGCAAUACGGACCUGGAGAUCAUGAAGGGCUACAUGGGCUUCGAGGGCGUCGUGGGCCACGAGUUCGUGGGGCUGUGCGAGAGCGCGCCGCACAGCCACCAGCAUUUGGUCGGCAAACGCGUCGUGGGCGAGAUCAAUUUAGCGUGCAACACGUGUAUGUUGUGCGAACGAGGCGGCCCUCGGGCGCGGAACCACUGCCCGAAGCGGACCGUGCUGGGCAUCCUGAACAAGAACGGCACGUACCAAGAACGACUCACGUUACCAGCAAGGAACUUGCACGUCGUGCCCGAUUGUGUAAAAACGGAGAACGCGGCCUUCGCCGAGCCGCUGGCCGCGGCCUUCCGCGUCGUCGAGCAGAAUCUGGUGCCCGCGAAGACGAAAAUAGCAAUUGUGGGAGACGGCAAGCUCGGGCUGCUCAUUGGGGAAGUCCUGGGCCGGCACGCCCAGCGGACCGGGUCGCCUCGCCCCGUCCUCUACGGCCGCCACGUAUCGAAAAUGAAGCUCCUUUCGUCGGAGUCGCAAUGCGACACCGCGUUGUCUGACACCGCACUACCGAAAAAUGCCUACGCCUACGACGUGGUCGUCGACGCGACGGGCUCGCCCGCGGGUUUGGACCUGAGCCGGCAGCUGUGCCGGACGGAGGGCACGUUGGUGCUCAAGUCGACGUGCGCCGCGGGCACGGACUUUAACACGGCCCCCUUCGUCGUCGACGAGCUGCGCGUCCAGGGCUCGCGGUGCGGGCCCUUCGGGCCGGCGCUCGAGCUGCUGAAGACGCUGGACCUGACGCCGCUCAUCGACUCGACGUUUCCGCUGGCGAAGGCGCCCGAGGCCGUGAAGCGCGCGGGCGAGCGGGGGUGUUUGAAGGUGCAGAUUCGCGUGAGCGACGGGUAGUAGGUGUGCAUAAUGUUAUUCUAGACUA